CAUCACCGCAUUAGUGCAAGUACUCCUUCCACCGUCAUCUCGUACUCAGAAAUACUUCUGAACCUGCGCUCAAUCCACCAUCGUCCUCACUGAGUAAUCGAUUGGCUGCUGGAUCACAGUGACAUCGAUCACUACCGCGCCAUCUGUUGCAGUGGUUGUCCACUUGAGACAAGAUGGUAGAUUGUGAACGCUGUGAACGCGGUUCUCCCGCACAUAUCCGCAACUCCCGCUCGCACAACAUCUGCGAGGAUUGUGAUAAAGAUUAUGAUUAUUUGCACGAGAGCGACCUCAUCCAACAUUAUCGCACGGAAAACGGUUAUGCCUAUUGCCACUGGUGUGACACGGUACUGAAGGGCCAACGUGGACUCGAUGAUCAUAACAAAAGUUGUCACUACUGCUGCAGAGAAUGUGGGCGCCGUUUUCGAACCGAGAAUGGGCAUAGACAUCACUUGAGGUCCAAAGCCCACCGAAAAGCGGACAUCCCCUGUCGCUGCGGUCGUUCUUUCAUCUCUUCCGCUGCGUGGAUUCUUCAUUUUGAACGAGGCGUUUGCCCCAUUAUGCCAAAUAUUGACCGCUAUCUGGUGAAGCAGCAUGUACGUGAAAUCGAGCGCUGUGGUCGCGGCCGUCGUCUCCUUGUAACGGACCACGAUCACGAAGACAGAGUUUAUCGAUGCCCCGAUCCUUCUUGUACAAGGCGAUUCGACGCAUUUGGCGCCCUAUUCCAGCACAUCGAAAGCGAGUCAUGCAAUGCUAGGAAGGAUCAGGCUUUAAAUUUGCUGGCUACAGUCGACAGAAGGAUCCACGGUGCGUAGACCUCUUGAGCGGUCCCUUUAUUGCUUUCCUCCAUUUCUCCAAUGCUUCGUGGAUGGUGGCGGCGGAAACUAUACCUGCCCACAAACUUGUAUGUGUGUACAUUAGGUGCCUGAAUAACAUGAAUGCAAUGCCCCCGCAUCGUUCGCUG